AUGGCUCGACUCUCCUGGAAGCAAAUUAAGAGCAAGUCUCUUAAGUCUUACCUGCAGCUCCAGAAGCAGUGCUCCAAGCUACGUCAGACGGACAGUCUCCGGGUGAAAGUGGAAGUCAAUCGACUACAGCGGUUGACCAACGAAAUCGACAGCGAAGGACUGAAGUUCCAGAAGAGGUUCAGGAAGCAGAACUUCGGGGUUGGUGUUUCAUUUUUGUACAAGGAAAAGUUUUCGAAAAAAAUCUUGUUUCACUUUUGUUUGAAUUUCAUAAGUAAUGAUUUUCAAAAUUUGUUUCUGGUACUUCUAAAAAAAUCUGGUCAAAUUCGAUAAAACUUAUGUUUUCAAAGAAGCAUGAAAUGAGCUUUUGACUCUAUUUACCUCCAGAACCAGUCUGUUCACCUCCAGAACCCUUUUCAAUCUUUUUCUGAGUAUUUCAAAAAAAUGAAAAUAGGAAAACCUUGUUCUCUCAGAGAGAAAUGAAAAUUGAAUGAUGUUUCCUCGAGAAAAUCUAAGUCUUACAGGAGCUGGGAAGAAAGACGAGAGCCGUGGCAAAAGAUUACAGUUUGACCAGGAUUCGUCUGCUCCAGAUAAAAGCCCACAUAAUCGAGAUGGAGCAGGCUUUUGUUGCGGUAUGCAAGGCAUCCGGGAAGCAGCCGACGCCUGCGCAGAAAAGAGCGAAGUGCCAACUGACCAAAGGGCUCUUCAGGGCUCACUCAGCCCUCAAGAAAAAUGAGGAUCUGAGGGACAAGCACGCGCAGGACGUUCUCAAAGCGUUGAGAGUGAGUAAAACUUUUUCUUUUUUCAUUUUUCAUCCUCUCUUCGUUUCCAUUUUCAAAUUCAAAUGAUUUACAGGAAGAGGACGACGAGAUGGAAGGUACGGUCGACUUCAACGACAUCUUCCACGACGAGCCGGACCAGUAG